AUGGAUGAAGGGACUGAACAUACUAACAAGAAGACUUCUCAAUCCACAAAUGAGAAGUUCUACUUGUGUAGGAAGUUUAUUCAAACUCAAAAUCCAGUAUUUAGGAACAUGUUCAAAUCACAACCCACAGUGAAUCCUUCAAACUAUCAAUACAUUGAAACACUGACUGGAUCGAACUACCAAAAAUGGAAGCAAGAUCUAGAGAUUUCUUUAGGUUUUCUUGAUUAUGACUAUGUGCUUAGAGGUCAAGAACCAGCUGCAGAUGUUUCUGCAGCAUUGAGAACCAAAUAUGCCAAGUGGGGAAAGGCUAAUCAUAUGAGUAUGUUGAUUAUGCAAAGGUCAAUGGCAUCAUCUGUGAGAGGUAGCAUCCCCAAAUUUGAGAAUGCUGAACAAUAUUAUGAAGCUAUUGCACAGAGAUUUAAGGAGUCUGAGAAAGCUGUCAAAAGUACCUUAUAA